GUCCGCGCAUGCGCGGAAGCGGAGCCUAGUCCUCCGGGUCGCCGCCGCCGCGUUCGGACGCGAAAUGGAGCUGUCGGCGGCCUGGAGCGCGCUGAGCACCGGCUUGGUGCCGCCCGAAGCCCUGGGGAUGGAGGCGCCGCCGCGCUACGACUCCCCCCCCGACCUGCGCCCGGCCUGGGCCGCCCUCCGCCACCACGGCCUGCAGGGCGCCCUGGAAGACUGGUUCCUCGAGGUCCUCCAGACGGACCUCCAGUCCCGCCUGGGCCCCGAGUUUUGGAGGCGCGCGGCGCCCGGUGAACUGCAGCCUGCCCAUUCCCUGCUGGAGGCCUUCCGCUGGCUGGAGGAGCGCCUGGCGCCCUACCUGCGUGGCGCCGCCCUGCUGGAGGAGUGGGUGCCCGAGGCGGUGCCUGGCACCGGCACCACUGGGCGCCUGCGCGGGAACCUCGAUGCCCUGCUGCGCGCCGUGGUUUUCCUGGCGCCGCCGGGGGCGUUUCAGGAGGCGCUGGGCGACCUCUACGGGCGCAGCUUCCGGGUCUACAUGGCGGGAAACGUAGCGCCUGCGGGCAGCGGUGAGGAGGAGGGAACCGUAGCACGCUUUGAGGAGCUGAAUGGCGUCCUGCACCGCCUCCGCCUCCUCGAGCGAAUCAGCACGCCCGCUGUGACCGACAUCCUACACCGCAUGAUCGCCGAGCGCCUGGAGGGCACCUGCCGGGGCGAGUUUGAGCGCUCCUUCCUCCCCGACUUCCAGGAAUGGCUCGAGCGCGUGAUUGGCUGGGUCGGCUGGGUCUUCCGGCGGGAGGGCGGGGCCGAGGCCGCCCCCCUGCGGCGCUGGCGCUGCCACGUCCAGAGGUUCUUCUACCGCCUCUACACCGCCAUGAGGAUCGAGGAGCUCUUUGGCAUCAUCCGAGAUUUCCCCGACUCCAAGCCAGCCAUAGAGGACCUCAAGUUCUGCCUAGAGAGGACCAACCAGCGCCAGCACCUCCUGACCUCCCUGAAAAGCGCCCUGGAGAUGCGACUCCUCCAUCCUGGGGUCAACACCUCGGACAUCAUCACCCUCUACAUCUGCGCCAUCAAGGCCCUGCGCCAGCUGGACCCCUCGAUGGUCAUCCUGCAGGUGGCUGGGGAGCCCAUCCGCAAGUACCUGAGGACCCGCGAGGACACCGUGCGGCAGAUCGUGGCCGGCCUGACGGGCGAAGGAUCGGGCGACCUGGCGCACGAGCUCUCCCGAGCGGAUCCCGUCGCCCUGGACAACGGGCAGGAGAGCGACGAGGAGGCUGGCGCCCAGCCAGAGGACUGGGUGCCCGACCCGGUCGACGCCCACCCAGCCGGAAAGCUCGCCGCCAAGCGCCGCUCGGCGGACAUCAUCACCCUGCUGGUCAGCAUCUACGGCAGCAAGGACCUCUUCAUCAACGAAUACCGCACCCUGCUGGCCGACCGCCUGCUCCACCAGCUGAACUACAGCGCCGAGAGGGAAAUCCGCAACGUCGAGCUGCUCAAGCUGCGCUUUGGGGAAACCCAGAUGCUCUACUGCGAGGUGAUGCUGAAGGACAUGGCCGACUCGCGCCGGAUCAACGCCCACAUCCGGGAUGAGGAGCAGAAGCUUCCGGAAGGCCAGAGGCCCCCCUUCCGGCUGGCGGCCGCCAUCAUUUCCAGCGAGUUUUGGCCGCCCCUCAAGGAGGAGAAGCUGGAGCUGCCGGCCGAGAUCAAGGCCGCCAUGGAGGACUAUGCCCGGAAGUACGAGAAGCUCAAGGCCAUGCGGACUCUGAGCUGGAAGCACCAUUUGGGGGCGGUCUGCCUGGAGGUGGAGCUCGCCGAUAGGACGCUCUCCCUGUCCGUCACGCCAGCCCAGGCGGCCAUCAUUCUCCACUUCCAGGACAAGGGCACCUGGACCCUGGAGGAGCUGAGCGCGGCCCUCCACUGCCCCCCGGCCCUCCUGCGCCGCAAGCUGGCCCUCUGGCUCCAGCAGGGGGUGCUGCGCGAAGAGGCGCCUGGCACCUUCGCGGUGGUGGAGGAGGCGCCCAAGGAGGCGCCCGAGAAGGUGGUGCUGGUGGAGAGCGACGAGGAGGGCGACUCCGCCAUGGCCUCCCAGGCUGACCAGAAGGAGGGGGAGCUCCAGGUUUUCUGGACCUACAUCCAGGCCAUGCUGACCAACCUGGAGAGCCUGCCCCUCGAGCGGAUCCACAGCAUGCUGAAGAUCUUCGUCAUGACGGGUCCCAUGGUCAGUGAGAUCGACUUGCGGGAGCUCCAGAUCUUCCUCCAGAAGAAGGUCCAGGACGAGCAGCUGGUCUAUUGCGGCGGCGUCUACCGCCUGCCCAAGGCCGGGAACUGAAGCGACGGGUGCGAGAGAUCCACUGGGUGCCGUCCGUUUGGGGACGCUACGGUUCCCAUGCAAUAAAGCUAUUUGUUUGGAACAAA